AUAAAUUGCAGCCCAACAUUUAUCAAAAUACACAAGGCAAAAGCAGUGGAAAGCUUUAAGCCUGAUCCUUAUGUAACAGCAGUACUCAGUUGCGCAAUGUGGUGUUUCUAUGGAAUGCCCUUCGUCCAUCCAGAUAGCCUUCUUGUCAUUACAAUCAAUGGCUUUGGGUUCAUAAUCGAAAUCAUCUAUAUCACCAUCUUCUUCUUCUACUCUCCCUGGUCAAAGCGUCGGAAGAUCAUCAUUGCUCUUGUGAUUGAAACCAUCUUCUUUGUCCUCGUAGUUGUUCUUACCCUGAAACUUUUCCAUGUAACAAAAGAUAGAUCCACCAUUGUCGGGGUAUUGAGCAUUAUCCUCAAUAUAUUAAUGUAUGCUUCAUCCCUAACUGUCAUGGGUAGGGUAAUUAGAACAAAGAGUGUGAAGUACAUGCGAUUCUUUAUCUCACUCGCCUACUUCUGCAAUGGAGUAAUUUGGGUGAUCUAUGCGAUCCUCAAAUUCGAUGUCUUCAUCUUGGUUCCCAAUAGCUGUGGAGCGGUUCUAGGUUUGAUGCAGCUCAUUUUAUAUGCAAGCUACUACAAGUCGACCCAAUGGGACUCAACACUACGUGAGCUUUGUUAG